UUAGCCACCCCUCUUCUCCCCCUUUUUACCCUCCAAACACACAAGCCCCUUACCUCCACUUGCCGGUUGUGUUCUCGAGACGUCAAAUUCCUCCGACCUGGAACAGAAGUGGUAGCACCCUCGCGACAGAUUCUCAUCAUGUGACAGAUUUGACAUCUAUUUAAAAAAAAAAAAAACAAUACGCAGUAUCAGCUCAGCAUAAUAGUUACACCGAGAGUGACACGGUGUCUGCGCUAUUGUAUCAAGCUGGCUGUGUGACAGAAAUCCAGUGUCAUUCCGGUCAGUGUGAUGUUAGACUUGUGGAAGCGGGACUGACAGAAGGAGCAUGGUCAAACACCAACCCCUCCAAGUCUAUGAGCGCCAGCUGUGUUUGUCUUGUAUCACCGGGAUCUACGGUUGCCGCUGGAAACGCUAUCAACGCUCCCAUGAUGACACCACCAAGUGGGAAUUGUUGUGGUCCCUCAUCCUCCUUUUCACCUUCUGUGCGCUGCUGGUUUGGUUCUACUUCUGGUUGGAAGCUCACAACGACUACAAUGAGUUCAACUGGGUCCUCUACAACCGCUCCGGUGAGUGGAGCGAUGGCACCGUUCCAGUCUUGGCCACCACCGCAGCUGGCUUCACCUACAUAGCCUUUUUAAUGGUUUUAGCCCUUUGUCAUGUUGUACUUGGCCAACAGUUGAAUUUGCAUUGGCUGCAUAAGAUGGGAGUGACUGCGGCUCUGCUCACGACUGUCGUCGGUGUGAUAUCCAUCAAUCAAACAUGGCAGCACGAGUGGGACAUCAUCCCCAUCUCCAUACAGGCCACAGGCCCGUUCUUGCACAUUGGCGCUCUCGCUGCGGUCACGGCGCUUUCCUGGAUAGUCGCCGGACAGGUCGCCCGCGCAGACAAAACGUCGUUCCAGGUGGUGGUCAUGCUACUGUAUCUGAGCGUGUUAGUGGGCCUGUACGUGGUGCCGCUUAACACCUCCCCCUGCAUCAUGGACCCCAGCAACCUCAGGCCCCGCCCCAAUGUUAUUGGUCACCAGGGGGCCCCCAUGCUCGCGCCAGAGAACACAAUGUGGUCCUUUCAGCGGGCGUUGCAAAUGAAUGUCACUGGGUUGGAGGCAGAUGUCGCAGUCAGUGUUGACGGCGUUCCGUUCUUGAUGCACGACCGCACCCUGCGCAGGACCACGGACGUAGAGAAGAUUUUCCCCGACAGGCAGACGGAGGACGCGGCGUUGUUCAACUGGACCGAUCUCCAGCAACUCAAUGCGGGGCGGUGGUUCCUCAAGGACGACCCCUUCUGGACAAGUCACACCCUAUCGCCCCAUGAAAGAAACCGGAUCACCAACCAGAGUGUGUGCACCCUGGAGCAACUUCUCAAGCUGGCCUCUUAUCAUAAUGCCACUGUGGUGUUCAGGUUGAGGAGACCCCCUCUGGGUCACCCCUGCUACCACAGCUGGAUCAAUGACACUCUGCAGGCUGUGGAGCGAUCUGGGGUUCCUCAAAAUCUGGUAAUGUGGACUCCAGACGAAGACCGGGAUCAAGUGAAACGGCUCGCACCUGGUCUGAUGCAGACAUCCUUAAAGAAAAAAAGUCCUCAGAGCCUCAGAGAGGUGGGCAUCAGCAGGCUGCUGCUCAGAUACAACCUGGCCAGCACUCAGGAAAUCAGGGACUUGUCACAGAAAAACAUCAGCGUUACUCUUUAUACGGUCAACGAGCCUUGGCUGUACUCAGUGCUGUGGUGCAGCGACGUGUCCUCCGUCUCAUCUGAGGCACCGCAAGUCCUCAAAAAGGUGCCUUACCCCAUCUGGCUCUUGAGUCCAGAUGAAUACUGCCUGAUGUGGGUGUGUGCAGACCUCUUCUCCUUUGUGGUGGUCGCAGGAAUAUUCAUUUUACAGAAGUAUCGCACCAGCGGCAUGCGCAGCUACAACCCCGAGCAGAUCAUGCUGAGCGCCGCUGUGAGGAGGUCCAGUCGGGACCUCAACGUGAUGAAGGAGAAGCUCAUCUUCUCCGGUGAGAAGAAACUCCCAGUCAUUUGCAUCGCACCCGCAUCCAUCCCCGGCACGCCGUCUCUAUUGAGUGUUUGUGAGCAUCCUCCUCCUCUUCAUCCCACCAAAAGGUCAAGCCCAGUAGUCUCCUCAGCCCGCACACUCUCCCGUAUGUGAGGUGCCCGUCGUGUGCGCCGUCAGCCUUUUUCAUUCCAUGUCUCCCCCUCGCCACCUGCCGCCUCUUUUCCGCAUCCUCCAUCCCUCCGUGCAAGCCGCCUCCCGCCGUGGCUGCCCGCGAAACCCGCGUCGCGCUAUCAGACGCUUUUAUGUGUGUCCGACCCCGGCGUGGUCAAAGGUAAGACGCACCACAAUCAUGCCAAAAUAUUCAGACGUUUCGUUCGCCCUUGUGUGUGAUGCAGGUACAUCUCAAUAAGUUGAAAUAUUUCAGAAAAGUUACAUUUACGUGAUAAUAUGUUAAACACUUGGGGAAAUGCUUUCCUGUGUAUUUUCUGGUCAUGCUGAAUUUGUGGUUUUCAUUCGCUAUAGUACAUACCGUAAUUUCCGGCCUACAGAGCGCACCUGAUUAUAAGCCUCACCCAGCACAUUUGUAAAGGAAAUAACAUUUGGUGCAUGCAUAAGCUGCACCCUUGUAAAAGCCGCAAGUGCCCACAUUGAAACACAAGAUAUUUAUAAAGUUUUGAUACCUUAGCUUAGCUUGACAUCACAACAACACGGUAGCACAAACAGGGCUAGUACAAAAAAAAACCAUACUGGUAAAAUAAAAAAAAAACACAGUAGCAACACAGUAGCACAGCACUAACAGGGCCGGUUUAAAAAAAGUACUUAAAUCACUGAGACACUGCAGAAACACGCUAGAAUGGUGCUAACGCUAGCGCAACGCUAACAGGACUGGUUUGAAGAAAAAUAAAACAUACUGGUAAAGAAAAAUACAGCUGCGGCAGCUACACAGUAGCAACACGGUAGCACAGCACUAACAGGGCCGGUUUAAAAAAAAAAAAAAAAACGUACCUAAAUCAUUGAGACCCGACAGUAACACAACAGCAUCAUGCUAGUGUAGUGCUAACGCUAGCACCACGCUAACAGGGCUGGUUUAAAAAAAAAAACAUACUGGUAAAGAAAAAAAACAGCCACGGCAGCUACACAGUAGCAACUCUGUAGCACUGCACUAACAGGGCCGGUUAAAAAAAAUAUUUAAAUCACUGAGACACAGCAAAAACACGCUAGCGCGGCACUAAUGCUAGCACAACGCUAACAGGGCCAGUUAAAUAUAAAAAAAAAAAAAAACUUACUGGUAAAAGUCACUUCCUCGGCACAUGUAUUCCGCCGAUCUCACUCUUCCGCUCGAGUGCCCCCUUGCAGCCGUUACAAAAAAUGCACAAAUUAGCCCCAUCGCCCUAUAAACCGCAGGGUUGAAACCAUGUGAAAAAAAAUGCGUCUUAUAGGCCAGAAAUUACGGUAAUCACCAAAAUUAUGCAUUUGUUCACAUUUCUUUAUUAAAACUGUAACAGUUGUGUGUGUGUUGUCAAUCUGUUUACUUUGAGUUUUAUUUUUGGGAAUUGAACUACGCGACUAGCAUAAAAUUUUGCCACAAUUCCAAUGAAUUGAGAUGUAACUGGAAAUGGUCCACUGCGGCAUGCCGUGCAAAUCUAAAAGCUUACAAAAACCCAAGAGAAAAUGUUCUAUUUUUUUUUUAAACCCAAAUAAAUGAUGAGAAAUUAUAGAAACAAAUUAUAUCACAGUGAGCCUUUCUGGUGCUUGACUAAUUUACCCUCUGAGCGCUUGUAUUUCUUUGGCCUCCCCCGCAGAGGUGGGGAACGGCGUCGGGAGCGGCGAGGAGCCGUAAGCGGACGGCCCCGGCGACUGCGACUACUACGCUGACGUGGGGAGGAGCCAAUGAUGGAGGAAGCGAGCGGCCGUUUGCGUCGUGUACAUUUUGUAAAUAAGCUUCAGCUUCCUCGACGCUCAUCGGACCUCGCACUUUCCAAGCCGUGAAAUUAACUCGGCUCGGGUAUUUUUUUUUUUUUUUUUUUUAAAGGGGAGUCUACAUUCUACAUUUUAAGCUCAUUUUCGCAAAAAGCAGUUCCUUCCAUUUUCAGCACUGAUGCCUAUAUAUAUAUAUAUAUACACAGUGAAGAAAAUAAGUAUUUGAACAACUUGUUAUACUGCAAGUUCUCCCACUUAGAAAUCAUGGAGGGAUCUGAAAUUUUCAUCAUAGGUGCAUUUCCACUGUGAGAGAGAUAAUCCAAGUAGAUGUUAUAAUGUUGUAAUAGGUGUUCAAAUACUUAUAAAGUGUUAAAAAAAAUUUUGCAUUCUGAUUUCUGGAUUUUUCUUUUCAGAUUAUCUCUCUCACAGUGGACAUGCACCUCUGAUGAAAAUUUCAGACCCCUCCAUGAUUUUCAAAGUGGGAGAACUUGCAAUAGAGCAGGGUGUUCAAAUACUUUUUUCACGAUAUUUUAACUAUAUACAUACAAAACCAAACAAUAUUUCAGCACGAUGAACGCUUCGGCAUGCUACUUUUCUGCACGUUCUGAUUCCUAUUUAAAGAGUGUAAAUGUUCAAGAAAAAGAAAACCCCACGGGCGGGUGAAACAGUUAUGAUCAUAUUAAGAUGUGAGCUGUACAGACGGGACAAAAUGGGACAAAAAAAGUGUUUACUUUUUUUUUUUUUUUUUUUAAACCACUUCGGGAGUGUAUCCUUUUCGGGUGUAUGCGUGUAAUUUUAUUCGUCUGUGUGCCGUGUUGUGCAUGUGAUGCUACACGACAUUAAAUCUGAUGUUUGCGAGCCUGCGUGAAAUACAUUUCUGAGUCACGUGAAUAUUCAUGGGUCUUAUUUCAUUUGGCUGUGAGCCAAAGGCGUCGUAAAAAUGUGGAUGAAGUGUGACUAAAACUUUGAGCGAACUAAAGGGACACUAAUGCCUUGAUUGUUGAUUUUCUCUCAUUGUACCGUGCCUCUGAGGUCACUUACAAUAAAACAACUUCUUGUCCUGCGUACAA